UGUCUCCCGUCAGUCAGAACAGGACAGGCAGCCGUGGCGCUAUGUGAGACACAGAGCGCUCAGCUGACACAGUAUAGUCCCACCACAGAGCCGACAGGAGGAGAGUCUGCGUUUAAAAGUUGAAUGCGCUGCUCGACAUGCCACCUCACAUGGAUUACUUUUACCACGAGUCCCGAGUCCCUUCCGCUUGCGGGCUGACCCGGGAGGAUGAGCUGGAGCCCGGUGUGAUCAGCUGUAUGCUGGUCGGAGACGGAGCCGUCGGGAAAACCAGCAUGAUUGUCAGCUACACCUCCAAUGGAUACCCAACAGAAUACCAGCAGACUGGGUUUGACGUCUUCUCCGGCCAGGUCCAAGUAGAAGGAUCUCCGGUCAAAGUUCAGCUUCUGGACACUGCUGGACAGGAAGAGUUUGAUGAAUUCAGGGCUCUGUCCUAUGCCCACACGGACGUCUUUCUCCUGUGCUUCAGCAUGGUCAACCCAACCUCGUUUCACAACAUCACCAAGAAGUGGGUUUCAGAGAUCAGGGCUCAUAACCCGUCCGCACCCAUCGUCCUUGUUGGAACUCAGUCGGACCUCUUACUGGAUGUGAAUGUCCUCAUCAACCUGGAUAGAUCUAAUGUCAAGCCAAUUCUGAGCUCCCGGGCCCGGAGCAUGGCCGAGAAGAUCAGGGCUGCAGACUACAUAGAGUGUUCGUCACUCACGCAAAAGAACUUGAAGGAGGCGUUUGACGCAGCCAUCUUCGCCGCCAUUAAAAACAAAGCCCGCAAGUCCAAGAAGAGAAGGUUUUCUGACAGGCGUACGAAAGCUUUCUCCAGGUGUAGCUGGAAGAAGUUCUUCUGCUUCAUCUGACCUCAUGAACAGACUGUUAACCCUGUGGGUUGUGGACAAAACUUUUAAUUUAUUUAAAUCUUCAAAACUGUUGCUUGAUGUCACAGCUCCGAUCUGUGGCAGUUAAGCAUCCUUCCCUGUUACGUAUUUGGCUUGUUUUACUCUGGGAUUCCAAAUGGUGCAAGGGAAACAAGACAUGAGCACAAUGAGCAUUGGAAACUAACAUCUGUGGAGACAGCCGAGAGGAUUCUGGGUCAUUCUGAGCCGGGGUCUGGUUUGGCACCCCCAGCAGACAGACUCAGAACUGCAGUGUUGAUUACAUUAUAUUCAAAUGUUAGAUUGUUCAAGGUCUAUAGAAAAAAGAUAUCUCACAUAGUACAAUCAAAGUGUCUACGCUUCCAUGUGAAUACAUCACUGGUGAGAGAGAAAGGACUUUAAGGGAGGUGAACAUAUCAAGUUAACUUGCUUAACGUACAGCCGCAGAGAGAAAGUCCAGGCCAUCAUGUAAAUGUUGUGAAUUUGCAUGGUGUGCUUCGCUACCAGCUGCAGCCUUUUAAGUAAGACAGAGAGAAACAGAAAGUAUCAGGGCUGCUUUUGAGCAGAUGGGCGUUAGCAGUUUCUCUGUUGUUUUCUUUCCGUCUGCCUACAUCAGCCUAUUUAUAUGCGGCAGCUGUAAGUUCAGGUUGCAGUGUGAGCUGCCGCAUUCUUACCUGUGUGUGAAAGCUCCCCUGGCUGGUUUGGGUUGGUAUUCUCUGGCCUUCAAGUUAUUCCACUGAAAAGCUUAUCACCCUGACACUUGUGUUUUUAAUUUGGAUUUUAUUAACCAAUUUAACAUCUGUGAGAAAGAAAAACAGCAGGAUAGUUUGUUUGUGACAAAUCAGAAACAAAUGUAUCUCCGGUGUCUUAGUUGUCAGAUUGCUACAGGAACUUUUUUGAAAAUCCUCUUGUCUGAGGAGAACGGUUGCAGGGGAGCUGUAACCAGCGGUAACCUUUGGCUUUUUGUCCCCGUCUCUCAUCAAUCUGCAUCUGUGAAAGCAAGCACUGCAGGAGUCUUAACUUCUACCCUGCUGAUCCUCCCACCACCAUCAGUCUGGCUUUUUUUAUUCGCCCCUCUUUGUUCAUAUGCUCAAUACACUCCUUAUCUCCUCAAUAGCCUAGUGAGUACUGUGUCAGAGGAUGCUAAACUGCCUCUGCUUGAAUGUAAGUGUAAGGUAAUACACUUUUUUUUUUUUAAAGCCUUGUGUCUGUGAUGUAUGUGCAAAAAAAGUCAUAUUUUGCACUUCAGUGAAACCACAUCUUGUGGAUAUAUACAUGUGUAUAUGAGUGACCAGAGCCAGGGCUAAGUUUUACUAUGCUUCUUGUGGAAGUCAGCUAAACGUAUAUGCUAUUCUGUUUGUUAAAACAGGUAAUUUGUCAUGUUUAAAAUAUAAGGUUGAACAUGGAUUUUUAAUGCAUUAAUGUACUCCACAAAAUAUGUUGUGUUACAUUUUGUAUCACUGUCACUAAUCUCAAUUUACCACCUUCUUCUCUAAUCUGUGUAUGUUUUAUAUAUGUCAGAGUGAUGUGAUACAAAUAAAUGAA